AUGGAGCAGCUUCACCCAUUAGCUGAUUGGGGCUCUAUCUUCAUUGUACCGCCUGACUUUCUGAAUAAUGAAACAUUCAUACAAAUAACAUAUCCUCUUAGUGGUAGUCCUUUGGACGUGCAGAUUUCGAAAGGGGCUUCCAAGCACAAUAUUUCAAUAGAUAAAUGGGCACCAUACGAAAUAAGUUCAUUAGCUAAUGUGACAACAGUCAUCAAUGCUGAAAUCAUUUAUCCUCCUUAUGUUUUCAACUUUCCUCUGCAGGUUAUCAACUAUGUCAGGCAAACUUCAAACUCAGGUAAUUCGUACAUGGUUAAUAUUCCUGGAGUUCGCCAAUAUAAAAGUCAAUACCAAGUCCCUAUUCCUGAUGGAUACCUCAACAGCUACAUCACAGUCAUGAUUAGAAAUAACUCGAUAUCAGAUCUUCGACUGAACGACCAAGCUAUUUCUUCAGAUAUGGUUCGUUUUGAGAGCAAGGUUGUGGUUAAAAGUAUCGAAUACUCCAUUGCUACUGUCGAGGUCUCCCCUGGUAGAUUGAAUAUAGAAUCAACAACUGAUUCUCCGUUUGGACUGAUCGUCCGGGGCUAUGGAGAUUCUGGUGCCCAUGGAUUUACAGGAAAUUUUGUCGACCCAUAA